AUGGAUCGCUGGAUAUUCGCAGACUGUCAGAGUCUGUUGCAGUUUAUGGAAGAAGAGAUGCGAGGUUAUCGACUGUAUACCGUGGUUCCUAGACUACUGCAGGUCAUUGACAAUUUGACGAACUGGUACAUUCGCUUCAACCGCAAGCGGCUUAAGGGCGCAGCUGGUCUAGGGGUCGAGGACAUACGAACGGCACUUGACACGCUCUUUCUGGUACUGUUCACCGUCGUUCGAGCGAUGGCGCCUUUCACGCCCUUUAUCACGGAAAUCUACAAACACGGAAGUAUUUACUUUUUACACAUACCGCCUGUGAAGGAAGAGCUCUUUGAUCCUGAGAUCGAGCGCAAAAUGGCGGCGAUGCAAAAGGUAAUCCAGCUAGGCAGAAUUGCCAGAGAACGUCGUAGUAUCAGCCUUAAGGCCCCACUUAUGUCGCUUGCGGUUAUUUCCGAUGCGCAGUUCCUGGCCGACAUAGACCCUCUCAAAAGUUAUGUUGCUGAUGAGCUAAAUGUCCGCGAGGUAUCCCUUACUGAGGACGAGGAAAAGACAGCCCUUCCUUGUUUGACGCAGCAAGAACUCCGCCAGCAUCAGAAAGACAAGAAAAUCACGGUCGGCGGCAUAGAGCUUGACGAGAAUGACCUCACCAUCGUUCGUGUGCUUGCCCAGGACGACUCUGGGCAAAGGUCCGAUGAAUCGCUGAGAUGGGAGGCAUCCUUUGAUCUGGCUGUUGUUGUGUUGCUUGAUGCCGCUCCGCACCCUGAGCUGCUCGACGGGGGUCUUGCAAGUGAUGUCGUCAAUCGGGUACAAAGACUACGCAAGAAGGCUGGGCUUGUACCGACGGACGAUGUUCACAUUCAGUACGAUAUUGUUGAGAACCCAGACGAGGUGGAUAUGCAGAGACUGGUGAAGAGUCGUGAGGCACACUUUAUGAGCACCCUGCGAGCUCGACUCGAGCCUACCCCAACAGGUGUAGCUGUAGCUGACGGGAAUGUCAUUCUUGAGGAGGAGCGGGCUCUUGGCAGCCUUGUACUUAGAUUUCGUCUUGUCGCGGUGAAAUGA